CAUGAUAUAUUAGUAUGAUAUAUUGUACUCUGUAUCGGCCAAUACCCACAGCACAAGUAUCGGAAUCGGUAUCGGGACAUCUCUAAUUUUCAGCAUCAUGUGCUGAAGAGAGCUCUCGUUUCCCUGUGAGUAAGAGUCUCUUUAAAUGACAGAUUUUCUGGUCCUGACACAUUAAAGACUUAGAAAGGCUCAGUUUUAUCUUGAUCUUCACUGUGUCAGUUCUUCAUGUAACACAAAAUAAACCUUUGACAACACUGAGUCAUCAUUCAGCUCCCACCUAUUAUCUAAGGUCCAUGUAUUGAAAUAAGCACUGUUGAUUUAUGUCACAGAGGGAACUGAGGAGUGAUGACAGUCGUCCUACACACUCACUCCUACACUGUGUUACCACAGCAACAUUAUUAAUCAGCUCAUGAAGAUAAACUGGGAACAAAACUAGACCAUUUAGUUUGUUGAGUUUAUAAAGAACAGAUGAAAAUCAUGUUAUUCUCAGCAUUAAAGACAGGAGGAAGAUUAAACACACUGUUAUGCUAGAACAACAGUAAAGUGAGUGUGUAAGUGACAACAAACAGCACUGACAGUAAUGUUAUGUCAUGUUUGUUUAGGUGUGAAACUGGGAUUAUGUAAGAUUCUUGUUUCUGUAACAGACACUUCAUCCACUAUCCUCCACGUGAGAGUUGGUUCUUUUUUUUCUUACUUUCUCGAUCUAUAGAUACAUAAAUAUGUGGAUGUGUAGGUGAUGAUGUUGGCAGCAGGGUAGGACAAAGACUGACUGGUAAUGCACUGAUGCCUCAGAGACACACACUGUCCCCCUGUGGACACACCGGAUACCCACAUGGCUCCACCAGGGCGUUUGAAGGUCAUAUUUGAUGUGUCCAUGUUGUCUCAUGUCGAUAAGGAUGAUGAUGAUUUCCAUACCAAACUAAAUCUGCUCAUGUGUAGCAGCCUGUGUUGCAUUUAAUGAGAUUUGACUUGCUUGUGCAUCCGGAGUAUUGGAGUGAUGCUGCCCCUGAACCUGUUGCUAUGGCAACCGACGGGUUUGCGUCUCUGCUGUGUUACAACCUGUCUCUCUCUCUCGCUCUCUCUCUCUGCACUUAUUUUCCAUCUCUUCCACACUGUAGAAAGUAGGCUGGUUAUUUCAGUGUUGCAUAAAAACAGACUUUUGUUAUCACUCAGUUCAUUUUCACAUAAAAUACUAAAUGAGCAACAACAAGUCUCAGCAGGCAGGAAACACAGCACAACCACACACAAAAUAAUCGACAAAAACACAACAUUUCACGAUCCAGGAUUAUCACACGCUGCUGUUCAAGUGUUAGCUGUGCAAUACUGUCGCGAGCAAGUCGUCUGAAAAUAGCAUCUGAAGCACUUUAGGAUGAGAUGGAGUUUGACAUGGAUCGAUGUAGAAAUGAAACGUUGUCUCCAGAGGUGCUGGGCUUUCUGACGGCCAUCGGACUCUUCAUCAUCCUCAUGACCUUCCUCUUCUGGUACGUCAACAACAAGUUGGCACUCGAGAGCUCAGGGAGUCUUCAGUGCCUCGAUGAGUUCAGGAAAAACCCAGAGCGACAAGACGCUGACCUGCAGGCCUCGUCCUCAGACAGCGAGGAUGAGGUCAUGGGUCAGUAUCAGGAGGCCGUCAGCCGCUCCCAGGGUCUCCGGGGGGGAGGAGCCAAGGCGGCUGCUACCAUCAAACAUGCCGGAGGUUUCAGCUGGAAGAGCCGACACAAGUACAGCGGCCUGAGCGCCGAUUACCACGGCUACAGCAGCGAAGCUUCAGCUGAUGAUGUAAACUGCAUUCAACGAAUGAGAAGAACUCCACCGCUGGACGAGCUUCAGCCGCCGCCGUACCAGGAUGAGAACGGUUCUCCGCGGAUGUCGUGCACGCUGUCCGACCUGGGAGACGCCAAGUGUGAUCUGUCUCAGACCAGCGGCAGUCCUCACUUGUCCUUCGGCAGCGACGGUCCGGAGACGGAGAGUUACCUCAACAAAGGUUAUGAAGAAGAUGCUCCCAGUGACAGCACGGCUGUUCUCAGCCCAGAGGACAUGUCAGCCCGAGGAUCUGCAGCACGCUUCCCAAAAGGUUACCAACCAGACCCUGGCACAAAGUUCGGGACCCUGGAUGUGGUGUUUGACUACGACUCAGAGGAGCAGCAGCUGGCUCUGACCAUCAUGGCAGUGACGGACCUUCCUGCACACAAGCGCACCGGAAACUUCUCCUGGCAGGUCCACCUGGUGCUGCUGCCCACCAAGAAGCAGAGGGCAAAGACGGGGAUCCAGAGAGGCCCCUGCCCCGUCUUCACGGAAACCUUCCACUUCAGCCACGUGGAUUCAGAGAUGAUCAGCAACUACGCCGUCAGAUUCCGCCUUUACAGUAUGAGACGGAUGAAGAAGGAGAAGGUGUUAGGAGAGACGGUGUUCUACCUCACCAAGCUCAACCUGCAGGGCAAAAUAUCUGUGCCCGUCAUUCUGGAUCCAUGCUGUGUUCUCCUGGGCGCUGAAUCUCAGGUCAGCCUCUCAGACACGACGUGCACUGACAGCGCCUCAUCGUUCCAGUCUGUGAGUCCGUCGUCCACACCUGAGAUCCUGGUGGGUCUGGUUUACAACGCCACGACAGGACGUCUCUCUGUGGAGAUCAUCAAAGGCAUCCACUUCAAAAACCUGGCUGCCAACAAGCCACCCACUGUCCAACCCUUGUUGUCAGACGGGCUGUUCUGUUGUCUAAAACACUUGAUAGGUGGACAGGUUUAUAUAAUCAGAGAUACAUAUGUUAAGCUGACGCUGCUGAACUCCAUGGGCCACGAGAUGUCCAAGUGUAAGACGUCCAUCUGCCGGGGUCAGCCCAACCCCACCUACAAAGAGACCUUUGUUUUCCAGGUGGCUCUUUUCCAGCUGUCGGACGUCACGCUCAUCCUCUCUGUCUACAACAAGCGCAGCAUGAAGCGCAAGGAGACCAUUGGCUGGAUUUCAUUUGGUCUCAACAGCUCUGGAGAGGAGGAGCUCAGCCACUGGACGCAGAUGAAAGAGUCUAAGGGACAGCAGGUUUGCCACUGGCACAGUUUACUGGAGUCGUAACGGCAGCAGGUGAAGCUGAGAGAUUUCAGCACGGUUCCAAUCACACGUCUUGUAAUGACCUUUAAAUUCAUGCAUACGCACUUUUAUUUCUUAAUGAAUGGCUUUCAUUAGUUAAGAUAGAGCUGGAGUUUACCCAGAAUCCUCUGGCUCUAACAAAGGUAUCUUUAUUAAUCUUGUUAUUAAUGUUUCAAUUACAGAUAUUUAUUUGUGUCAGCAUUUAAAGAACAAGUGAAUUAUUGCAAUUAAAAAAAAAAAAAAGUUUACACGGGCGAUGAACUCAAAGAUGCUACAGCUUCACUUUCACAGUUUCUAUCAUAAUCAUUCAUACAUGAUUAUUAAUAUCAUAGAGGUUUAAUUCCACACACACACACACACAGGUAAAGCCUCAGUUCAUCAGUGCACGUAUUUUCACUUCAUUUCAUUUUCAGACGACAACAAAUACACUUUAUAUUUCUGACUGUGCUGCAGCUGUGCUGAAAACUAGCUUUGUGCAGGGUUGACCGUGUGUGCGUGUGCGUGCGUGUGCGUGCGUGUGUGUGUGUGUGUGUGUUGAAUGAAAGCUCCGUGGAGCGGCUGUGGUUUUAGUAGCUGCUUCGUUGCUGGAUGUGAUGUGAAGUUAUUUCACUCUGUGAUUGUUUCUCAUAUUCUUUAUAAACACCAAAUGUUUUCUGAUCUAUUUUUCAACAAGAAAUGAAGUGAAUUUGUUUGUUUUUUAAAGCUAGGGUCUGUAAGUUUUUCAAAUCCUCUUCACAUUCCAAGAAACCCCCCCCCAAAAUAUAAUAAACCCAACCAAUCACUUUGUCCAGACCAUAAUAAUAUACGUAUCCGUCUUAUCAUUCAGGGCCAGUUCAGCCUGUGGUUCACUUUAUUUAACCUUCCUUAGCAGUGUGACAGCACCACCUACAGGCCUGGCAUAUGUACUGCAGUGUUGUGGAUGUAGAUGGAGUCAUUUCCUAAAAACCUUUCCUUUAUGAUCGUUCAUGGUUUGUAUCAGAAAAUUACAACUGAACUAAACUAAACCUCCAUUCUUCACUUUUUAAAGUCUAACUAAACUAAACCUCUGUUCUUCACCUUUUAAAGUCAACUUAACUAAACCUCUGUUCUUCACUUUUUAAAGUCUAUCUAAACUAAACCUCUGUUCUUCACCUUUUAAAGUCAACUUAACUAAACCUCUGUUCUU